GACUUGUCUCGCUUGAGCUGAGACUCGGGCAGUCAGUCCAAAGAAACUUUCAUUACAGCAGCAGGCGAAAUUCGCCCUUCUUCUGUGAAGAUUGAGCUGAACCAAAUAUUGUUAUGUUUUUCACACUAUGUGCUGAACGCCCACAAUGUCAGGAAAUAUUUAAGAACCGUGAUCUUUGGAAAAGCUUUAUCGGUUCCAGUGGAACCUUUAGGACUUACUGUUGUAUCGGUUUACGCAAAACGCACAUAGACACAAAUGCAGCAAUAAGAGAAGAUCUUGGGGACCGGUGCAUCACAGACCGCGCUUCGCUACAAUGCCCGUGCAAGCCCCGCAAUGGACCGAGUUUCUGUUGUGUCCCAUUUGCACGCAAACCUUCGAGGAGAGCCACCGCAAGCCCAUCAGCCUGGGCUGUGGCCACACCGUGUGCAAAAUGUGCCUGAACAAACUGCACCGCAAGGCCUGCCCGUUUGACCAGACCACCAUCAGCACGGACAUCGAGCAGCUGCCCGUCAACACAGCGCUCUUGCAGCUUGUCAGUGGACAGGUACCCAAACCUCCCCCCGUCACUUUACUGACAGCUGCAGAGGACGUUAAGCACUAUGAGGAGUCUCGCACAUGUGUGGAGGACCUGGCCCUCUAUCUCAAACCCCUGAGCAACACCAGAGGUGCAGGGCUGAAUGGUGCUGCUCAAAGUGUUCUCAGCAGACCCAUGCAGAGGAAGCUGGUGACUCUGGUGCACUGCCAGCUGAUGGAGGAGGAGGGCCGCAUCCGGGCCAUGCGGGCAGCCCGCUCUCUGGGUGAACGUACUGUCACUGAGCUCAUCCUCCAGCACCAGAACCCCCAGCAGCUCUCCUCCAACCUGUGGGCCGCCGUCAGAGCCAGAGGCUGCCAGUUUCUCGGCCCUGCUAUGCAGGAAGAAGCAUUGAAGCUGGUCCUGCUCGCUCUGGAAGAUGGUUCGGCCCUCUCACGGAAGGUUCUGGUCCUGUUUGUGGUCCAGAGACUCGAACCACGUUUUCCCCAGGCCUCAAAAACCAGCAUAGGACACGUGGUGCAGCUCCUUUACAGGGCCUCCUGCUUUAAGGUGACCAAGCGUGACGAGGAUUCCUCCUUAAUGCAGCUGAAGGAGGAGUUUCGCACGUAUGAGGCUCUUCGGAGGGAACACGACUCUCAGAUAGUUCAGAUCGCGAUGGAAGGCGGACUGCGUAUCGCCCCUGACCAGUGGUCAUCUCUACUGUACGGCGACCAGUCGCACAAAUCUCACAUGCAGUCUAUCAUAGACAAGUUGCAGACACCAGCAUCCUUUGCUCAGAGUGUGCAGGAACUCACCAUCGCCCUUCAGAGAACCGGAGAUCCAGCCAAUCUCAACCGCCUCAGACCCCAUCUGGAGCUGCUGGCCGACAUCGACCCCAGCCCAGAUGCCCCUGCGCCCACAUGGGAGCAGCUAGCCAAAGGGCUGGAAGCGGUGCGGACCGUCGUUCAUGGCCUGGUAGAUUUCAUCCAGAACCACAGCAAGAAAGGAGGGGAUCAGCAGCAGCCACCUCAGCACAGCAAAUAUAAGACCUACAUGUGUCGGGACAUGAAACAAAAAGGCGGCUGUCCUCGCGGGGCAAGUUGCACCUUCGCUCACUCUCAGGAAGAGCUUGAAAAAUACCGUAAGAUGAAUAAACGUUUAGGAAUGAGGCGCCAGCUCAGCCAGUCCCUGACCCAGCUGAAUGAGAUGGACUUCGGCACCGGUCUGUUGCCUGACGAGGGGCUGCUGAUGGAGGGACUCCCACGCAAACCCUCCUCCAUCACUAACAUCAUCCUAGCAACAGGACCUGAAUCCACUUUGGCCCACCUGGUUUCCAGAGGCUCGGACCCGUCAUAUGACCCAACACGCAAACCGGAGAAGAUGAAUUCUGGGAGCCUCAGUGCGCCUGGCUCACCUCCAGAGUCAUUGGAAUCCAUCCCAAAACCAGGGAUGCUCAUAAAUUCCCACUCCAGGGUAGCCGGCGAUGUCGGACAGAAGCACAUGCCUGCUGUGCCUAGAGUUCCUCACAUGUAUUCACCACACCACUCUGAACUGUAUUACUCUGAGACACGAGGCCCUCUGCCACCCUCCACCCAAUAUGAAUCCUCCCAGUACCCUGCAGGUAAUCCUUAUCCUCACCAUCAUGUGCACCCACGCUACACCCGUCACCCCGCUCCAGAUCCAGGCAUGCCACCAUAUCCGGAUUCCUAUUCCAGUUCCUACACCUCAGAGCGCCAAUGCGCCAACCCAAGCUCCCAUUACGGAUACCCUUCACACCACGAUGGCCGUCGCCACUCAGCCUACUCCCAUCCCCAAACAUUCCCCCCACGGGAGGAACUGGUCCGUAGGAGUCCGGACGUUCCCCCGCCGCUACCACCCCAAAGCGCUUCGUACCUGCCAGAACAAGACAGUUAUAACCACUCCAGUCAGAUCAGGAAUUACCCAAGGAAUGCCUACACGCGAUCUCAGCCUUCCCUAGACUACCUGCACCGUCGAAGACAGGAGAUCAUGGCCCAGCUGGAGGACAGAAAGGUCGUUUCCCCAUCGCCCUUUAGCUCCUCGCACUCGCACGAUCCCAGCUACCCUCAGGACACGAGGGGACAGAGCCAUUACAUGGAAGAGAACUCCCAUGGUUUUGGACAUUUCCGGGAACCAGACUACACCAGCUCAUAUUCACCUUGGUCAUGUGACCCCUUCGGUUCCUACAUUGGCGGCAAGGAUAUAAAGUCCAAAGAGGGCAUGGACACACAGCAAAAUUUAGACAAAGGCAAAAGUCUGAGAGCACACGGCUUGGAGCUUCAACGCAGAGCGGCAGAUGUCAAAGACGACGACCCCAUCAUUCCCUUUGGCACCCUGCCGACCGUGUCUCGUUUUGGAGCCAUCUCACGCACGUCUAAACUGGGCUACCCACCAAACAGUCCCAUGCCACCCUUGCCAAACUCGGCCAAACACGCCGCCUCUGCUGCGGACUACACCUAUGCGAAUCACAGUGGGUGGAGUGGCGACUCUUACCAGCCGCACCAAAAGUCUCAGGGGCACUUCAGCGAGCGGUCCAGUUUAUCCCCUGCCGUGCAGGCGCGUGAGCAGCUGAGGAUGGAGCUACAGCAGGUCAACCUGCAAAUCAGCCAGCAGACGCAGAGUCGCGGCCUGGAGAACCCAAGCUCAGUCAUGUCCCAGCCGUCUCGAGUGGACUGGUCAUCAGGGAAUUUGUCCAGUGAACAGCUGAGUCUCGAGCUGCACAAGGUGGAGAGAGAUAUCAUCAUGAGGACACAUGAGAUGGCCAUGGAGAACCACGAUGGCAAGUACAAGCGGGUCUCAGUCGAAAAUGGACAAGACGAACACACUCUACAGCGAGAUGAGCAUCCACUCACUCUUAGUGAGGGCUCAAACGGCUCCAUCAGUUUGGUCCAGGACCGUGGUUUCGUCAGCAGCAGCAUGUCCUCGCUGACCAGUAAGACGUCAUCUCUCAGUUUGUCCUCCGAACAGGUGGCCAGCAGCCCUGAUUUGCCCAAGAACGGAGUCGUCCACUCCUAGUCGGCUCUUUCUACCUCAGAUUCCCCUUCCUCGACCACCACCCCUCUCUUAUGCCAGAUUAAACCCUCUAGAGCCGGAUGCUCCAUCAUCACUGGAUGACACACGCCAUUCAUUCGCUUAAUUCUGAGCGUUUAGCUGCCUCGCUGAGCCUCAAACACCCAUCAGGCCAAUAUGGGUGGAGUUUGGGUGGGAUCCACUGUGCAUGUGCCUCAACAGACUUGCACAAUCAUGCCCUGAUUUAGUUUCUUUUUACAGCAGUAUCUGCUGUCAUGUAUUUUCUUCCUGUUCUUUGUUCACUUUCUUCCUGAGACUAGUCUUUUUUCAUUGCCGCGUAAAUCAGGGUGAAUCUGAAAAACAUAUAAGAUGAUUUCACUUAUGUUUAACUAUCAUUAAUCCACUUUCUUGGGGUUUCAAAAUUGCAUUUUUAUCAAAAUGUGCUACGUUUUCGGUAGUUACACUCUUGUUCGUGCUUGGUCUGGCGUUUACACUUGUGUCAGGGUUUACUAUGUUUAAAUUCAUUUUUUUACUGCAGGCUUGCUGCAUAUUCAACCAAUGGAAAGCAUUUUGUUUUAUUAUGACAGUCAAAACUAUGUAUCGUGUUUCAUACAUUAGGCUUCAUUUAGGCUUUUACAGUGUGAUUGCUGCAAUGCACAUUAUUGUGUGUUAUAGAAAUUCUCACAAACCUAAAUGUUCACUGAUUUGACCUCAACUGCGCUCAUGCCAACAAACCCAAAAGCUUUUUCCAGUCUUAUUGGGGCCCUUGUAUUGUUUUCAGUGCAUUACACUACACUGCCUGUGGGAUUUCGAUUGAACCGCCUGUAAUCAUCAUCUUUUGUUAUAAUGUCAUCAGGGAUGCAUUAAUCUGCCUCUAUAUUUUGUGGACAUAAAUAGAAAUAACAAUCCAGGUCACGCAGUUUUUUUUUUUCAUAGUGGGUAUAGUUAUAUUUUUCCAUCCUGAGGAUGGAAAGAAAGCAGCUACGGUAAUGCGUAAAGAUGCAUUCUGUUGUAAGAAUGCGUAUAUACUACUCUUCACUUUGUCAGUGAAAUUACAAUCUUCAGAUCAAUCCACGAUUUUUUUGUAUAUGUGGAGUUUUUCAUCCUGAAAGAUGUGCCGAAAGACUUUGACCCAGUUGUAGCCACCUCAAGACUCUCCUUCAUUCUUCGUUUCAUCUCAAGUUUUGAAGAACGUUGUUUUGAUGGGCCGGUUCAAUCGAAUUCCCCUACAGGCUGGGCUCAUGCAUGUACAUCACAGUUCUCCUCAAAUUCAUUCUAAUAUUGAUGGGGGAUUAACUAAGCUCCUAUACUUCACUUUACUGUCAAGUGUCUUGCAGGAGACUGUUUUGGACUCCUUACCUUUUAAAGGAAUAGUUCACCCAAAAAAACAAUUUGCUGAAAAUUUCCUCACUCUC